AUGGAUUAUCUAACUAAUCGCGUGGCCGCCAUUCGGAAGCGCUUGGCCCAAGCUGAGGAUCGAGUUGCUCUGGCCCAGGAAGUUGUUGUUGCUUUAACUCAAGAGCUGGACGACAUCAUUCAGUCACCAGAUUGGCUAGCAGCUCAUCCUCAAGACGCACGGCAUUACACCCAAGCGGCUGAACAGCCAGCCCCUCUCCCGAGCAAGGCUUAUCUCUUGAUUGACCCUAACGAAGACGAAGCUUUGAGCACCGAACUAGACUUUCGAUUCGAUCCAGUUGCAGGACUGCCCGCAGGCGAAAAGGCAUUUUCCAAGAACUUUAUACGCACUGUUUUCUUCUCUGGACAGAGAUACCCCGUCCGGCAUUUCACUCUGCGCCACCCAAAAGCCGGCACCUGUCCGAUCAAACAGCGCUGUGAGCACUGGCGGCUAGUCGAGGAAGGCAUUUCGCGAAGUAGAGGGAAGUGGGACGUCGAUAUCCAGGUUACUGCUAUCUGCGCUGGCUUCGUUGCUAGCGGAGAUAGUGGCUACAGUGGCGUCAUGUUUGACCAGGACGAAGUUGAGUCGGAGAAGAUGAGCACUUUGCCUUGUCGGAUCUUUGGUUAUCUGCAGCCGAACUUUAAUGCCGUCGAGCAGAGAGGGUAUAAGGUGCUUGAUUGGCAUCUGCAUGAGCCUGGUAGCGCGGGCUUUAUGGGGGACAAGAUUCAUCGUCUUAAGUUGAUGGAUCAGUUUGGGCGACGAAUCUUUGAGAACCUGGAGCAGGCAUAUCCAUAA